CAGCGUGUAUCUUGGUAUUUCCUGGGAAGUGUCUUGACAGAGAAUCUAAGCUGAACAAGGCAGUCUUGAUUUGAGUGAGCAAACCGGCACCAUGAAAAUAUCGGGUGUCUUUCUGCUCUUCUCUCUGGUUCUUUUCUACUUUUUCUCAGGUGUCUUCACUCAAGGUGAACAGGUUGACUGCAGCAAGUUCAGUGAUCCCAAGUUCUUUUGUACUCGGGAAUCAAACCCUCACUGUGGCUCUGAUGGCCAGACAUACGGCAAUAAAUGUGCCUUCUGUAAGGCAGUGGCGAAAAGUAAUGGGAAGAUCAGCCUAAAGCAUCAUGGAAAGUGCUGAAUCCAAAAGGCCAGUGUGUCCUGCUGGCCAGCUCUAAUCCUUUUCUCCCUCCUGCUUUACUUUUCUCUGGCGAAUACUGUGAGUUUAUAAAGACACAGCUUUACUCUGUCUGAGUCUUAGG